GCGUCGGAAGCGUUGCUUUUCCAGUUUGCCUGAUUGCUGAGACACUCAGUCAGGAAAGUAUGAAUGAUUCUAGGCAGCAGUCUCUGUUCUUCAUCACACUUCCAGAUUUAAACAAACUCUGUGCUGUCAGAAUAAUACUGAGUAAUAAGGUGGCAGAUACUGAGAUUAGGACUAUACAAAUGAAGAUGUGCAGGCAAUUGCUGUUUUUGCAUCAAGAUAUUCUUACAUCACCUGUGUCUGGAAUAUUAAACCAAAUCUGGGUGGUGAUGGCGAUACCAUUUUAUAAAGCAAGAAAACUUAAUGCCUAUGUUGAAAAAUAUGGAGCUAAGAUGGAGGCUCCACAAAGAGUAAUUCCUGUAAUUCUUCAGAACUGCCUUUCAUAUUCAUUCAUGGCUAGACUUGCUCCAGCCUGGAAUAGAACAGGCCAUCUCUUGAUACAAGGAAGAGAUUUUCUUUCUCAGAUGGGAAAACAAAGUGCUGUUGUAUUAAACAUCAAUGUAACAGAAACUCAAGUUUGUCUAAGUAUAGAAGCUUGCACAAUCAGACUGCCAGCACCUGAGCUAAAAGAGUUUGAGAUUUCCCAGAAUAUUAUAAGGGAUUUUCAUGCUAACAAGCGUGCUGUCAUUGAGAGACAUUCCAUUUUAAGCAACUGGUGCUACGUUUUGCCAAGUAUGAAAAUGGGACAAAUUAUAAAUAUUUUUCAUGCCAUCCCCCCUGACUGUCCUUUUCACUCAUAUGGAGAUUUCCAGAGACACUGGGAUGCCCUGUAUGGCUAUAAACUUCCAGAUGAUAGUGGAAAAAUUAAAAUAUACUGCAACAUCUAUUUCAAAAUGCUCGGAGAAAGGACCUUCACAUAUCCUCUCAGUUGCAUCAGAAGUCAGCCCAUGCAGUUCUUCCCAAGGGUAGAUUCGGAAGUUAUGUUGAAAAGUUUUCUUUCAGAUUUAAAAUCUAAAUUGCCCCAUAUAUGUGGAUUUCCCCUAAAGAUGACAAGUAAACCGUGCUACUACACACAAGAACUAACUAAACCUAAUAUACAGGAACACAAAGUCAAGCCACCCAAUUUGACCACUAAAAAAGUGUUUAGGGCAUCUCUGACUCAAGCCACUUCCAGAAAGCCCGCCUGUGCUAAAAGUCUUCUACCAUGUUCAGUAGCAGUGGACCACAAGGUGGAGCUUUCAGUCAGCCAGCCAACAUCAGGCAUUUUCUCAGCUUUGCAUCUCCAGCCAGAGUCUGUUCAGGGUAGAAAGAAAUCCCUGUCUAUCAGGGCUCCACAAGUACAUUCGGAAGUAUUAAUGCCCAACAGAGGAAAUACUCAAGUUCAGCCCACAAAUCUUAGCUCCCAAAGCAACAUCACCCCUAAGUUUGUACCAGUUUUCAAAAAUAGAUUGUUACAGAUGAACAAAAAUACCUCAGUACUUGGCAGCCCAAAAAGAAAACAGCAUGUUGUGACACAGUCUAAAUUGUUUUCACUCAAAACUAGUAUGAUCCAGCAUGACAAACUGAAUUUAGGUCCAGCUAUAAAAAACCAAUAUAAUAGUAACAUUCAGAUGCAGGCUGCUAACAAUUUAAAUCAGGAGAAUUCCAGACCUCUGCAAGAAAAAAAUACAGAGCCUUCCGAAAAUAUGACAAAAUUUCCCUCUUCUAAAGGAAAAUCGACUGUGAGUUUAAACAAAAAUAAGCAACUAUCUAAUAGUGCAGUAUUUGUGGUGUCAAAUAACAAUUUAGGGGUGGUAAAAAGUGCUGUUGACUUCCAAAUGAAAGGAAAAGAAAAUUUAAUAGGCAAAUGUAUAACACAAAUUUUAGGGAAAAGCCAUGGGUCACUAAAACUGAAAAGACAGCCACACAUUUUUGAAUCAGAUGGAGAAACCGAAGUUCCCCGACUGCUACAGCAGCAAUCAAAAAAUCAAGCUAAAGAAGUUGGUACAAGUGACCACAGGUUGAUAGUAAGCAAAACAGCCCACAGGUCUAAAAGAAAAUUAUGUCCAGAGUCUUCCAAAACUUCAAAGAAGCAUCAUUCCAAUACUCUGCACUAUGGCCAAUCCAGUUCUUCUGAGAAGCAGAUACUUGACUCAGAGAAAUCAAAACCUAAGAAAUCUCUCAUCAUUCCUAAUGCUUAGAACAUGGACCUGAAAGAAGGAAAUGUCUACCAGAGAUGACCAUUCUGAAUAUAGGAUGAACACUCUUCCAGAUGUCUCUCACACUCCUGUGACCAUGAAAUCAGCUCUGUUUACUGCUGUGGAACCUCCUUUUUCACUCGACAGUUUCUUUUUAUUGUUUAUGUAGCAUUUUGUUGUAUGUGGGUUUCUGUAUUUAACUAGUCCCCUAUUGAUAGACACUUCAGUUCUUCCCAACUUUUCACUAUUACAACGUCAUGUAAAUAGUCUCCUGCAGAUCUUUGCAAAAUAUCCAGUGAUCUUAUACAGUCGUUUUGAUAGUUGAAAAUAUCUUUAUUUUGCCCUUAUUGAAAUUUUCAAACCACAUAAAGCACAGAUAAGAGUAUGAAGAAUCUCUAAGUACCUAUCACCCAGAUCUACCUGUUAUUAAUAUUUUGUCACUGUUUCAUCUGUUCCUCACAGACAUGCUUUUUUUUGCUAUAAUCUUUUAAAGCAAAUUCAAGACAUCAUAUAAUUUUACCCAUAAACGCCAAAGUGUAUAUAUUUCUAACAUAAGAUAUAGUAUAUUUUUUAAGAAAAAAAGAAUGUGUAUAUAUAUUAUAUUUUGGGGAUCUCUACUAUAUCUCUGCAGGCUCACUAAAUUUCUCUUUUGCUUUUAUAUGCAAACUAACAGGAGGCCCUGAAUAAAUGUAAAACGUAUUUCUCAACAAAACUGGAGCCUUUAUUGGGGUGGAGAUUUCUGUGUCCAAGCAUCUUCUGUGUGCCAGGCAGUGGGGAAAACACUGUGUCUGCUGCAGAAAUGGAUGAGAGAGCCAUGGCCUGAGCCCCUGAGUGCUGGUGGUCUAGUCUCAAGCAAAUUCAUUCUGGGUUCCCAGCACAGACUUAGGGAUAUAUAUGUAUUGAAGCAUAUGUCCAGAAUGACCUUCUAGUCCAUAUUACAAAUAAAUUAUCUAACAUUUGAAAAAAAGAGAAACAGAAGUGGAGCUUCUCAGACAGUGAAUAUUAUUCUGGCUUUCAAACAUUUUAUAUGUUUGAUAUACAAAAUAUUAUAUAAUUGUUGUAAGAUAUUUAAAAGAAACCAAAAUCUUCAUUGGCUGUUCCACUGAAACAAUAAUUACAUAAAAAUAACCACUAGAGAUCCAAGUAUAAGUUGAACUCUGAUUUUGUAAAUGUGAUUUAUUGUCUCCACCACUUCACUAAACCAUUGCAAUUAAAAGCAAAAGUAAACACAAACUCUCCUUCAAACAUUAAAUGUAACU